CCUAUCCUCUUCAUUUUCCACUGAACGUUUGUUGAAAUUGGAGUUACUGCAACUUGCUUCGUUACGAUCGAGAGCAUGUAACGUAUCUUUUGAAACAUUACUUUUAGAACUGCAAAAUAUAUGUAUAUUUAAAAAUAAUUAUCUAUUUUAUAUGUAUUGUAAAUUGUUGGUAUAGAAAUUGUAGAAUCGUUGAAUAGAAAUUGUAGACUUACGGCCUAGAAUCAUUGAGUCAUUUAAGAAUUCCAUUUGGUCAUAGUACCGAAAACCAUCUUUCUUUUUCUCAGUUACUGGUGCUUCUGAAUCACUGGGUAUAUCAUUCUCUUUAUUUCUAGCUUUCUUAGAGUCACGAAGGUUUCUCCAGCGCUUUUUAAUUACCUCCACUUCGAACUUAUCUAAAAAUUUGUAAAUAUAUAUUUCAUAAAACAUUUUUACUACAAAAAAUAUACCUACAUUUUAAAUAUUAAAAUAAAUAUUACCGUUUAUUUCUUUUUUAACUUCAAGCCAUGCUUCUUUGACAAUUAAUGGACUUUUUUUUUUUUCACUGGGAUGGUGUGAUUCCACAGACAAGGUCUUUUCAUAACAGCAUUUAGUAGCAAUUCAUCAUACUCAGCCCAGGUUUUAUCUUCUUUGUUUCGGGUUUUUUUCUUUCCAACAGAUGAGCAAGGUUGUUCAUCAUUCUCACUAACGUCAUCGUUAACCACUUCUUUUGACUCUUGAACCAUGUCUGCUGGACCAGUAAUAAUUAACUUACUUUUACGACAAACUUAGUAUAAACUACAGAUUAUGUGUAAUGAAAAAUAAGGACACACACGCAUAUUUAAAGAAACCAAGAAUAAACUAAUCUCUAAAUAAACAAUUAAAUUUGUCGAAGUAAAUGUUUUCUUUUGUAACAUCAAUAUUUGCGAAGCAUGAAUGAUUCAAAUAAUUAUAAUUUUUUGGGGGUAGCAUGUAGCUACAAUACGUGCAUUUGUAAUACUUGAACAAAAAACAAACAACAUUACUAUAGAUCUACAGAUAUUAAAAUAAUUUUUAAAUAAUAUUGAAUGUUUUUUUAUAUAUACUUACAUUAGAAUCUGCUUCAUUCGUUAAAAGAUCACGCGACUCCAUCAUAUCCAUAUAUUAUCUUUUAUAUGUUCUCAAGUAACAGAACUGAUUUUAUACACAUUUUUUAAAUGUUUAUAAAACGUAUCUAACGUUUUGUGAACGUUUAAAAAAUGUUUAUAAAAUUAGUUGUGUUACUUAGGUUAACCUCAACCGACUAGAAUACAACAGACUGAACGCAAUAGUACUCUUUUAUUUCGCAGCACCUACACUGCCUGACACAAUACGGAUUGCGGAAUACCGCUGAUUGGUUGCUUCAAUGACGCACUCUCUAUUUUGCAGUCCUAUUACGCACCGUGGUUGCGUUCUUAAAUUGGCAACGGAUGUAGCUAGAUAUAUCUGUUGCACAGUUGCAUUCUUAAAUUCUCAACAGAUGUAGCUGAAUGCAUCUUAUUGUGCAUUAUUGUGAGUGUUAAGUGUAGACACGUUUAUUUUAAUCUAAAAAAUCAAACAAUAAAAUGUUAUUAAUUGAAGUUGAUUUUGCAAAUGAACCAUGGCCAAUUAUUAAAGACAUUGUAUCAACAAAAAUGUACGAGCGAUUUUGCAAUGAUACAACACUAAGUAAGGAUUAUCACGAGAUGCUAUUAAAACAAAGACAUAUUUCUUAUUCACCAGUCUUAGAUAAAGGUACCUUAAUAGAAAUGGAUAUUACUGGUGGAAAAUACAAAUAUAAAGAGUUAAUAACAGCAAACAUGUUUCUACGAAUGCAUAAUGAUACUACAUUGAAAGAAGAUUGGAAAGAAAUGCUUUCACUGAAAAUGAAUAUAAAAUGUGAAAAUGAUGAAAUGGAUGAAUUUAUCUGUACUGAUAAAAAUAAAAAUAAUACUUCCUGAAUGUAGUGAAUCUAGUUCAUCCACCUCAUUUAUAUAUACUCCGUCGGCUUUAGAUGAUGUUCAAUGGCUACCCAAAAAAACGUGGUUUUUCAUCGAAGAACGUUUCAAACGUGAAAAAAAGUUUCAGGAUCCUAAAUCUCAUGUUGAUAAAUAUUGGAAUAAAAUUCUUCAGUUAAUGAUUAGUAAUGGUUAUACGGAGUGUAAAGAAAAAGGGAUACAUGGCUUAAAAACAAAAUUUAAAAAUCUUAUGGUUACCUACAGAAGAAAUGCAGAUAAAA